UAUAAAUGAGUUAAAAUGUGCAGUUGCACAGUGUUAUAGCCAUUUUAUAUGGGUGUUGAGGAAUUUAUUGUUGGUAUCUCAUGUUCUAUUAAUUCAUAAUGUUUUGAGUGUACCACAAAAGAAGACAAUCGGAAAAAAAGGAGAAGAAGAAGGGAGAAGACGCGCGAAGCGGGCGAAAGAGAACGAGACAAGGUACGGCAAUGGCCGCGGAGGGCGUGUGUCUGUGAAGUGUUCAGGGCGAAGGGAAAGUGCUCAGACUCGAUCCUGGGCGGACCUGGACAAUUGUUCCUGCUCCGACGGACCGCAGAAGAGUUCGGGAGGGACCGACGCUGCGAGGGAGUGAGUGAAACUGUGUUGUCAGAAGACGAGGCUGAGAGGGUUGAGCUGAGCUAACGCUAGAGCUAGCGCUGUGGCGUAUGUGUGGAUUGCUCCACCGAGAGCCAUAGGGAAGCUGACGGUGUUGCUGCCGGAGACUCAACACUCACCUGCGUGGGACGACGACAGGGCCGUGGACGGUCUGUGUUCUUGGGCUGAUUUUUCUAAAUGAGAUACAACUCUCUGGCAAAGACAAUGGAUUUACAGUGUAACAUCUACAGGCUGAACAUGAAUUGUGCUAGAGUUCUCCAUGCCUUUGGUAGUCAGCCCCAGCCCACUGUGAUACCAGUUGAUCUUGCUGUUUAUCUGAGCCUCAGCCAGCACCAGCCUCUUUAUCAGCUUCUGUCCAUGUCUCCUCUGAAAUCCACACAGCGACACAACUGUAUGCCAAGGGCCCGCCUCCACUGUCCUUCUUUCUCAUUUUCAUCUUCAUCACUACCUUCCUCCCCUUUGCACUUGGGACCUCGAAGCUGUUUCCGCAGGGACAGUGGCGGUGUAAGCAAGAAGCAUGUGGUAUUUGCAGAUGCCAAAGGCCUAGCGCUCACUGCUGUCCGUCUUUUCAUCCCUGAGCCAUUUUCUCACACUUCCACACUGGUGUUGAAACCUUCUCUGGCCAAACUGCAUGGCCAACAGUCAACCUCAAACAAACUGUCCCGCUACAAGUUGCGGCUGGGUUUCCCUCAGCCCACACUUGAUUUUAAAGUAUUCCUUGCACGCCUGCGAGAGAUGCACGUACAGUUGGAAAGCUGCAACAUUUCAGAGCACUCCUUGAGUGGCAAAGUGUGUGUCUCUCAUGUCAGUAUUGAAAAGGCUGUGCAUAUAAGGUUGACCUUUGACUCUUGGAGGAGCCAUCAUGAUAUUCCCUGCAUGCUUCUGCAGCAACAGCGAUAUGCGGGUUCUGAUUUGGAUAUUUUUUCCUUUGACUUUAGCUUACCCCAGAACAUAGAUCCAAAUGAGCGGACUGAGUUUUGUGUGUCUUUCAGGCCAGGAGCUAGCGCAGCACCACACUGGGACAACAACAAAGGACAGAAUUACAGGUUGUGCAUGGAAAAAGAUGAAUCAAAUGUUAACCAUGGAAAUGCUAACUGUUAUGGCCCCAUGCUUUCAAAACAUAAGCCACCGUCUUGGCCUUCACACAUGUCGCUCAGUAUGCAGAGCACUGGUGAUCAUCUUCAGAAGAGUUUAUCAAGCAGAGUCAGAUCAGAAUGGAAACAUUUACAUUCAGCGAAGUAGAACUGUAUAAUUAGUUUCUACCUUCUCAGCUAGACUGUCUUCUGGUAAACAAAAUGCCUCCAUAUGUUGUCUGUGCCAGCAGAUUAUUGCAACCAACAGUUACACAAUAUAGUGUAUAGAGCCACAAGGUCCAGGUUAGGUUGGGGUGGAUGACUUGGUCCAUAAGACAAAGGACUUUCUCCCAGAGGAGCUGAGUUCAGUUUGAGUGUCUACUGUGUCUUUUUUCAGCUAAGUUGUUUUUGUUUAUAAACCUAACUAAGCAGUUUGUGUGACAAAAUGUAAUGAAACCAUGACAGGCUCAUAAUGAAAUCAUAACAGCAUGUUUAUGAGCGUUUCCAUGAUGGUGGUGUUCUGGUAAGCUUGCCGUCAUGUUCACGGUUCUUUCCAUGAUGAUUAAAGUCUGUAAAACUCUGUGACGAAUUAAUGAAUUUUCAAUGUUAGAUGGUCAAAAGCCAAUAGUUAAAAAUAUCUCAUCAACCUGAAAUGAACUAUCCCGCUGAAAUGUGAAUCGUUCAUUCUCCCAUUUACAAAUGCACAUUAAAGCAUCUACAGUGUAAGCCCUGAUUAACAGGGGCCCUAGAGGAAAACUGAAAACAUAAGACCGCAUGUAUGGAUUUCAAAGAAAACUCCUAUAGUAUAUCAGCACACAAAGUUUUUGUCUUAAGAACCUUCUGUGCUUACAGCUCAAGUAUUAACCCAUAGUGGAUGAACAAAGGGAUGACCCCAUGCUCUGAGAUGUACUUUCACACACACAUUGUUCCUCUUGGCUCAGGCUCAGAUUCCUGGAGGGCCUUAAAUGUGGUACAUUAUGCAGACCAGAGAGAAUAAGUCAACAAACUGCAAGAUCUUAUGACACACAAGGUUUGCACAGAAAAGUAUGUGCUAGACACUCCCCUACCUGCUGUGAAAAGUUGAAAAACAUGCUGGGAAGACUUCUUGUACUGUACAUGACUGGUAUGACAAAUAGCAAGUAACCAUGGCAGCAUCAGAACCAGCAAGUACUUUAGAUAAUGUGCGGGCUUGUGUUUACAUGUGAGGGUGGAGUCAUCAUUAGAUACUCUAGCAGCUACAGUGAGAAAGUCUUUGUCUCUGUUUCUCUUGUUCCUCUCCUUCUUAGUCACCUUUCUGUUAGACUUGUUUCUUUGUCUUUCAUUUUCUAUUCUCUCAAGCUUGUGUCCUCCCAGGACCACCAUCUUUGGGAAAUGUCACAGUCGAGCAAUAUCAAGUGGAUGUGAACAGUUUGCACAUGUAACAGGUUCACACACCCUUUCCCCCACAGCACUCAUUUAUUCAUUAAAUUCAACAAUGUUCGGCUGGUGUCAGGUGUUACAUCUUCUUAGCAUCCAGUGAGCCACUCAGGAAAAUAUAUCACAGCUUAACUACAGCAGGUUUGUGUGUCUAUUUUUUUUUUGUCUGAGAGGACAUUUGCUUUGUUUAACCACUUUAAUACUUCAGAAGCUGUAGCCAAUGCUUCACCGACAUUCCAUUACAAAGUAACUGACAUGUUAAAGGGUCCUUUUUUUUCACAAAGUCUUACAUCAGUCUUUUCUAUAAAAGAGACCUGAAAACAAAUUGCCCAUAUGCAACAUCACCAAAAGACAGUCACACAAGCCAACCAAUUCAAUCACACACUUGCACAAACACACUAAAUAAAAUGUAAUACUUCAGUUUGUCAUACAUCCAGGUUAUUUCAGAGUGAAGUCCUGGUCCCACCACUACUUUCAUGGCAAAGAUAGUCCAUUCCAGAAAUACAGGACAUACCCAUGUAUAAGUUUGUUUUUCUAAGGGAGACACAGACUGUGUUCUGUCAUUCAACAUGAAGAAUCAAUGUCAGCCACAAAAAGAAUAACAGCAGUGGCUUAAUUUGAAGCAACAAUAUUGUGAGAGUAAUGACAAAAAUUAGGUUUUUUUUUAGUAACAGAAGAAAAACAACAAGAAAAAGAUAUUUUUAUUUUAUUUUAGUUAGAAUCAACAUAUCCUUCAGAAUUGAGUGGUUAACCUCAACUGUUGCAACUUUUAUCAAAAUCUCAGAGCUGAAAACUAUUGUUCAACCCACCUCUUCCCCAUCAACUCUGCCUCCUUGAUGUCAUCGCACUGUUCACUUACUGGUUCUUCUCCAUCAGCAUCUAUCUUCAUAUGGAUUUACGCCUAUUAAAAACACUUCACAUUGACAAAAGUUUUAUCUCCAGAAAAUAAAAAUUAAAAACAAUAAUUUUGCUGUUCCCUUUCAUUUGAUCUCUUCUUAUUGAACUGAUAAUGCUCAGCUGAAGUAUAUAAAGAAAGGCUUUUAUAAUUUUGUUGCCUUUGUCAUUUCUCUCAUUUUAUCUUUGAGCUAGCAGCAGCCACAGUUGGUGGAUGGCCAGCAGCCAUCUACCAGGUGCAGGUGCUUACGAUGCUAAUGUUUAGCGUUGUCUGAACAACAGCCUGAAGACUGGUCCAGUGAGCUGCAGCCACAGCUGUGAUUACAAUGAGUGAGCUGCUGGGAGCUACAGUAACAGCAGUGGCUAGCUUAGACCGAAACAGCAGGCUGCAUUGACUGGAUUUGUUUUAUCUGGUGCCAAAUUAUCUCAGAAGCAACUGUCACCUGCAACCAUCUGUUGGUCUUGGAGCUGUGUGUGACAACUGAGAAGAAGAGCAACUUAUAGAAAUACCCAGCGUCACCCAGCAAUACAAAUGGAGUUGACCUCAGAUUGUUACCCGGCCUUGUUUGUAAUGUGACCAACUAAUGCUGUCAGAGCUGAAAAUGAUUAUGGUACAAUAGCUGCUGGUAGACUCAGUACUUGGUUAAGUCAUAUUGAAUGAUUGUUUUGCAUGCUAUACUAUACUUUAAAGCUCCAUGCAGUAUUAUA